AAUCAUUUAAAAAAAAAAGAUUGCUAAGAAAAAAAAAAAGAUUUAUGUGUGGAUGUGCACCAUGUGUGCAAUAUCUGUGGAGGCCAGAAGAGGGUGUUGGAUCCCCAGGAAUGAGUUACAGCCACACAGGUACAAGAAACCAAAUCUAGGUCCUUGGUGGAGCGUCACAUGUUCUUGACACUGAGCUAGCUCAGCAGCCCCUGGAGCAUUCUUUAUUGUGGAUGAAGAGACUGUCCUGAUAUGUAAGAUGUUUAGUUGUGUGCCUAGUCUUUGCUUACUGGAUGUCAGUAACAGCCUUCAUUUGUAAUAACUGAAAGUUUCUUCUGACAUUGCCAUGUUUCCUGGUGACAAAAUUGUCUUUGUUGCACAUCACUAGGCAAAGGUCUGAGUGUGGCCCUUUGCAGAAUGGGCAUGCUUCCCUGUGCUCCAGCACAGCCGCUUGUGACUCCUCUGUCUGGGCAUGAACACUUAAACUUGUCUGCUACCCCAGCUAGGAGAAAAUGUCUCCAACCCAGGCAAGCUACAAGCUGAACUAUGGAGUGGUUUUCCUUGUAACACUUUUUAGAUUUUGUAUUGUGCGUUCCUGUUUUAUUUUGGUGGUUUGGAACUGGGAAAUCUGAGUAUAGAAGCCUUGAGUAUUAGAAGCUUCCUUUGGAGAAGUGAUUCUUUGAGGGGCUGUAGCUCACUAGUGGAGUGCUUACCCAGCAUUCAAAAGGCUCUAGGUUCAAGCUCUGAUACUACCCAGGGAAAAAAUAAAACGUGGUUUGGGAACGACGUCCGUCUGAGGAGUUGAAAUUCAGAUUAUGAUCUCCAGUCUAAUGGAGUGGGCAAGAAGGUAAGUCAGAGUUACAGAUAAGGAGAUGCCAGCUGUAGACUGCUGUGUGGCCCAGAAGCCAGUAAAGGCACACACCCCUAGGCUGGAGCUACUGUUUUUGUAGAGACCCACAUUCCAUGAAGCAGAGUCCCUCGAAGGCAAGUGGCACCAGAGGGCAGCAGUGCCGGGCCUCAGCUGGCUGUUGACUGUAGGGCAGAUAAAGAAAGAACAGAACAGACUCCUAGACGGUAGUCCCCAGUUUUCUUUUUUUCUUUUUUUUACGAGACAAGGUUUCUCUGUGCAGCUCUGUCCUGGACCUCACUCUGUAGACCAGGCUGGCCUCAAACUCACAGAGCUCCACCUGCCUCUGCCUCCUGAGUGCUGGGAUCAAAGGCGUGUGCUGCUGCCCAGCUUGUGGUCCCCAAUUUUCUAAUGCCUCCAGGCAGUUGCCCUACUGUGUAUGUACCCUGGGAAAGGGUGUGGAUUGGACACUAUGCAGUUCUGUCCAGAGUCUUUUCCUAAAGACUUGUCGGCUGUGAGGUUGUGCCCGAGUCACUAACCCCUACCCAUUCUCCGAGGUAGGGAGUCAACAGGAGUGAGUGGGACUACCCUUGCCCUAAUUUUUGUGCACAUUUGCAUGACAGAACUGCCUAAGUGUGUGAAGCUCUCCUUGUACGAGUGACCUACUUGUGUGUAGAAAUGAGGCUGCUUACUUGGUACCUCCUACACCUAUGGAUACCUGGCAGGACCACAGAUGGCAAGCUAUGUGCCAGAGAUUCACUUACAUAGGUCUAAUCAACAGGUCUGGGAUCUACAAAAACGAGAUUCUCAAAAAAAAAAAAAAAAAUUUCCUUAUGCCUGGAUGGAUCUCAGAAGCAGCAUUUCUAGGUCCUGAAGGGCCCCUGGCCUGCCUGCCCACGGAGGAUCAAGGACUCUGGAUUAGAGCAGGGCCUGGGACCAAAGGUGGAAGGCCCAUGCACUUGUGUACUGUCCACAGAAGCAAGGACCGCUCUGCUUCCGCGCAGGGCUCUUUCCCAUGAAACAGUGGCCGUCCGAGCGUCGAGGAGGUCGGAACUGUACCAAGGUCAUCUAGGUCGCAAGGGUCCGCUAGGCGAUAUGCCAAGACCAGCCCUGCCUAAUUGUGGUCCACAGGUGCCGGGUCCAGAGCGCAGAGGCGGAAGUGAGGGGCAGCCAUUGAGCCGUGUUCACUGAUCUUCGCCAAUAGAGACUGGCCGGUGCCGGUCGUAGUCCAAUAAAAACUCUAUAGGGGAGGGUGUAAGUGAGUGUUCGCCAAUCAAUUAGGCCGUAUGCCUCUACCAUUGGCGGUCUGUUCUGCCCUUGGGUCAGAGCGCGCUCGCCCAAUUGGCGGCUCCCAAGGGGGGCGUGGCACGGCGCGGUACCGAGGCAGGUAGCUGAGAGUCUGUCGGGCGAGCGGCCGCCUGUGCAGUCCCGUCGGCGGCUGCGUCCGCAGCAUGGCCGGCCUGGGGCGGCCGGGCCCGGGGCCGCGCACCGCGAUGCCGGCCUGGAAGCGGGAGAUCCUUGAGCGGAGGCGAGCUAAACUGGCCGCCCUGAGCGGAGGUCCGGGACCCGGCGCGGCACCGGAGGGACAGAACGAGAAGCUGGUUCUGGCCGAGAGUCUGGGUCCGCUAAGCGAGAACCCGUUCAUGAGACUUGAAUCGGAGCGGCGGCGAGGGGCACGGCCGGCGCAGCAGCUGCUGGAGCUGUACCGUCGCGUGCCCGGCGUACGUACCAUCCGAGCCGACAACAUCCUCAUCAUCGAGUCAGCGCCUGGCUUCCCGCCCGCCGUGCCGCCUGCUGCGGGAAUCCGCGCUGCCGAGGUCGUGGUGUACGAGGCGCCUCAGCCGGGCCGUGUCAGCCGCCUGCUGGAGAAGUUCGAUUCUCCAGCCGCGCCCCGCAGCCGCGGAAGCCCGGAGCGCUCCCGCCCUGGGCUCCCUCAGCUUCCCGGGGCGUCUGCAUCUGCUGCCACGCGCGCUCCCACCAAUCGGUCGUUGGCUCCUGGCCCAUCGGUGCUUCUCAGCCAGCCCGCACUCCCUGUUUCGCCUGUCCCCGUUGCUCCGCGCGCGGGUCAGCGCCCCGCCUGUUGCGAGCCCGCGCACCCCGAUGGCACCGCAGGCCCUGGGGCCCGGCGCAGCGACUUCCUCCAGAAGACCGGCAGCAACUCCUUCACUGUUCACCCCCGGGGCCUGCCCCGCGGUGCGGUCAAUCGCUCGCUUUCUAAUGGACCCAUGACCCAGAAGUCCCCGGCCGGCCCUGCCAAUGGGUUGUCGGGCUCUCCUCCAGCGCCGGGCAAGUGGAAGCCAAAGGUGGAGUCAGAGGAACCCUCCCUCCACCCACCCCCAAGCCCUGGGACCCCAAGUGCCACUCCAGUUGGGCCCCCUGCCUUCCCGGCGCCCAGUGCAGCCAGUGCCACUCCCAGCCAGCGCCGGUGGGUCUCCUCUGCCACCAGCGCCAAUGACUCCUUCGAAAUAAGGCCAGCCCCCAAGCCAGACGUGGAAACUAUCCCAAUCGGGGACCUUCAGGCCCGGGCCCUGGCCAACCUCCGUGUUAACUCCCGCAACUCCUUCGUGUUGAUCCCCAAGCGCAAGGCCCUUGGGAACCAUCCUUCGGAGGGGAGGCAGUCAGAGGAGCCAAACGGGGAGGUAGGCUGGGCCUCUCAGAGCCAGGGGCUCAGAGCCCAGCUGGUGUCUACAGCGGAUGGUUCACCCGCCCUAGAGAGGAGUCCCUUGGCUGCUGAGGUGCAGUGGGCAGCUAGGGACGGGGGCUGCCCCAGGCCAGCCACUGCUGUCACAGACCAGUCUGUUAGGUGGCAGAGGCCAUCCUCACCACCUCCAUUUCUACCAGCCACUGUUGAAGCUGAGCCGGCUGAGGGCUUGGGGGCUCCUGGCUUGGCCAAGAAUGGCCAGGAGCCUGGGAGGCCAGGACUUCCAGUCACCUUCAUUGAUGAAGUCGACUCAGAAGAGGAAGCCUCUCAAGAAGCCAAACUGCCCUCCUCGGCAGCUGGUGUGCCUCCCCAGCACCACCUGCACCUUGCCAGGCCUGGGCACACCUCAGAACUCCCACACCGAGGCAGCAACACUUUCAUAGUGGUGCCCAAGAGGAAGCCAGAGACCCUUCAGGAGCCACACUUCAGUCAGGCCAAUGGGCAGUCCCAGCAACAGGAGGCUGAGGAACAGGAUGCUGAUAGCCUCUCAGGACCCCACACUGCCCUGGAGAACACCCUUAAGAAACGCUACCCCACUGUGCAUGAGAUUGAAGUGAUCGGUGGUUACCUGGCCCUGCAGAAGUCCUGCCUCAUCAAGGCUGGCUCUUCAAGAAAAAAGAUGAAGAUAUCCUUCAAUGACAAGACCCUGCAUACAACAUUUGAGUACCCUUCGGAGAGCUCCCUAGCACAGGAAGAAGCAGAGGAGGAGGAGGAGGAAGAGGGAGAGGAGGAUGGCGAAGAGGAGGAAGUAGGGCUUGACUCAGAGAAGCCCUUUACCCUCUUCCUGCCCCGGGCCACAUUUGUAAGCAGUGUGGGCCCUGAGAUCCCCCGACUCCCAGAUGGCAGCUCAGGCCUGUCCAGCUACACUCCCAAGCAUUCUGUGGCCUUCAGCAAGUGGCAGGAGCAGACAGUGGUGCAGACUCCAAUUGAGGUGGAACUCCCACCGAAGGAGGUCAUGCUAACACCUGCCAGUCAGAACGAUCUCUCGGACUUCCGCAGCGAGCCAGCCCUCUAUUUCUGACCCCUGGGGCUGCCAGGAUGGCCAAGACUUAGCCCCAAGUGUGGUGGUUCUGGAAGCAAGUCAACGCCCAGGAGCCCUGACUUUAUUCUGUGUCCCUUCCAUCUGGCUCUCCCAGCCUUCCUCUCUCCCUUUUGCCUGCUGCCCUUAGGGCCAGGUCUGAAUCUCAUUCCUGUUUGAGGGCUCCAGGGAAGAACAGGUGGGAAUUGCCUCUGGGACAGGCUGACAUCUGUGUAACAUCCCAUUUGUGAUGAGGUGGGGGGCCCCAGGGUGCUUUCUGUCCUGCCUCUCAGCUCCUGCCUUCUGGGGAGUGAGAGACUGUCCUAGCCACUUGCUCUUGGCUGAACCCCAGGCUCCUGCCCCCAGUGCAUGACCCUGCCACGGUGGAACUCAGCUACCCUCAUGACAGAUGGCAGGGUGUUUUUUUUUUUCCUUCCUGAUAUUGGACUCAAUAAACAGCACUGUACCAAG